ACCAGAAGUGUGGACAUGCGCAGUUGAUCAGCUGUUAGCAGCUGCGUUGUCAACCAAAAGACAGGCGUGAUUGUUUUUUUUCUGUUUUUAUUUUUGAGUUUGAGUCUAUAUUCUUUACAAAUGGCUGGUACUGCGUUAAAAAGACUGAUGGCUGAGUAUAAGCAGCUGACUCUAAACCCACCCGAGGGCAUCGUUGCAGGCCCUGCAAAUGAAGAGAACUUCUUUGAGUGGGAGGCUUUAAUUAUGGGUCCUGAGGACACGUGUUUUGAGGGCGGAGUAUUUCCAGCCCUCCUCUCCUUCCCGUCAGACUACCCUCUCAGCCCUCCUAAAAUGAGGUUCACCUGCGACAUGUUUCACCCAAACAUUUACCCAGAUGGCCGUGUGUGUAUCUCUAUCCUGCACGCUCCAGGAGACGACCCGAUGGGCUACGAGAGCAGUGCUGAGAGAUGGAGUCCUGUCCAGAGUGUGGAGAAGAUCCUACUGUCUGUAGUCAGCAUGUUAGCAGAGCCCAAUGAUGAGAGUGGAGCGAACGUGGACGCUUCCAAGAUGUGGCGUGAGGACAGAGACCAGUUCUACAACCUGGCCCAACAGAUCGUCCGCAAGUCCCUGGGACUCUAAUAACAACCACAUCACAUGCUCUACUUACGUCCUAAAUGGCACCCUAUUCCCUAUAGGGCGCACUACUUUAGACCAAAGUCCUAUGAGCCCCGGUCCAAAAGUAGUGCACUAUGAAGGGAACGGUGUGUCAUCUGGGACCUCUGUCUGGAUCUAAUCUGUCAGGUUUCCAACCUACCGCUUUCAUUUCACCCAACAUGUCACCAGGACAGGAAGUUGUCACGACCAGGAAGUUACAGGAGACUACAGUGACAAUUAGACGAGCUGGUAGGCAUGGAUACGGCAGGUGACUGAUGGCUCCAUCUCUGGCGGUUUCCAUGGGUACGAUGAACCCACAAAAAUCAUUUGACUCAAAUGACCCGUUUGGUUCCGUUGUCACACCUCUCUCUCUCUCAAGCACUUUAUAUUGUUUUAUCCUAAGGAAUAUGUUUAGCGUGUUACUACCCAGAAUGCCAUUCACUCUGCAAUAUGGCUACAUAAGAGGUGCUGUGACUCAUUUGAAUAGUAAAAUAAAUAAUAAAAAGUGUUUGUGAGAA